AUGGCGUCCGACAGGGAGAGUCUUCUCGGCAGCGCUGCCGGGGAGGCAACGGUCGUGCGGCGGCUUCCCUCCUUUCGCGUGGGCACCCACCGCGUGGCGAGCAGCCGGCGGCGGAAGACGCCCUCCGUGCGGCUGGGCGGCCAGAGGGACGGAGCGGCGCAGCGGCGACGAUGGUGGUGGCGGGGCGUGACGGCGGCGGCGGCGAAGAGGCUGAGGGGGCGGCGGCUCCGCUGGCUGAGGCUCCAAGGCCUCCGCGCCGCCGCGCGGGCCCUGCGGCGGUUCUACUCCCGGCUGCUGCGGGAUCUGGUGGAGGCCGCCGCAUCUCCCGGCGCCGUCGAGGCGAGGAUCGGCAUGGAGACCCUCUUCUCCAUGCCAGCCUUGCCCAUCUCCCUCGCCGCCGCCUACUCCCCACGCUUCCUCUAA